AAGCACAGAUCGAGCCUUCUCUUCCAACGCAUUGACGGCGUCAGUGAUUUUCAUGGAUGCUUCUUUCUUGUCAAUUUCUUUUUCACUCAGUCUGGUGAGUUGAUCGAUAACCUACAAGAAAAGAAAAUUAGCGUUCACCCAAGAGCUCGUGAGGGUUUUCACACUCACCAUUUGGAGGAAGUAAUGGUAAGUGAGAUAGAGGCUCUUUGAGUCCUGAAAGGUCUUCACCAACACCAUAUUUUCCGGAUCAAACAACUUCCGGUGUUCGAACUUGCUUAGUUUCAUUCCAAACAUUUCUUGGGACAGACAAUCAAGCAGGUCCCCUCUGGAGCAAUAACUAUCUUUUUCCGAACUCGAGCUUUCUUUUGGUUUCCCGGUUCUUCGUUCAUCUGGGGGUUGAGUUGUUUUAUCCAUGGGUCCACCAUUUCGACCUUCGUGCAAAUUCGAGCUUUCUUUUGGUUUCACGGUUUUUCGAUCAUCUGGGGGUUGAGUUGUUUUAUCCAUGGAUCCACCAUUUCGACCUGAAAUGA